AUGAGCGCUGCCGAAAAGUGGUUGGUCCGGCAGCUCAACGACCAAAACCGAGAUCCAGUAUCCGGAGUGAGUGCAGGCCCUAUGGGUGAUGACAUGUUCCAUUGGCAGGCUACCAUGAUGGGCCCAACCGACACACCAUAUCAAGGAGCAGUUUUCUUCUUGAUGAUGUCCUUCCCCACCGACUAUCCCUUCAAGCCUCCAACCGUCGCUUUCACGACUCGCAUCUAUCACCCAAACAUCAGCCCAAACGGCAGUAUCGGUGUAGACAUACUGAGAGGUCAAUGGGCCCCGGCGUUGUCACCGAUUCGAUAUAAAGUGUUGCUAUCAAUCCAGUCACUUCUCGAUGAUCCGAACCCACACAGCCCAAUGGGGGGCUCCGAAGAGGCCGCUUUCCUGUAUCUAAAUGACAGGGCACGUUACAAUGCUAAAGUAAGAGAAUGGGUAAGGAAGUACGCGAUCUAA